GUACUUGAAGGAUGGAAAGCCUCGGAAAGCAGCGGAGUUCCACCUUUACAGGACUCCACUUGGCUGAGGGGUGCUCAGUCAGGCCCAUUGGGUGCUAUUCUUGAACUUACAGCUGCUCCCUCGGAUCACUACGCUUCUUUCUCCUACAAAUACCAUCCCUUCCUAACGCUACUCUCUGUGUUAGAACCCGAGUGACCUCUUAAAAUUAUUAUACCUCCUCUUCUGAACAUGAGCCUCUCGCGUGCUUUGCCCCUUUGCAGGGGAACGAGCACCUUAUUCAGAGCAUCUCCUUCAGCUUUGCGCCUCGCACAUCACUACCCUCUAUCUGGCCGCACAUUCUCAACUUCUGCGCAACGAGAUGCUACAUGGGGAUUCAUCGGACUGGGCCAAAUGGGCUACAACAUGGCUAAGAACCUGCGCGCUAAGAUCCCUGUGACGGAUACCUUGAUUAUACGCGACGUGAAUGAAGAGAAUAUGUCUAGGUUUGUGAAGGAAGCGCAAGAAAUUGCUAGAAGCAGCGGUGCUCCUGACAGCGUUUCGGAGGUUCUGGUGGCUCAGACCGCGAGAGAACUUGCGGAAAAGUCGUCCGUCAUUAUCACCAGCCUCCCAGGGCCGCAGCAUGUCAAGGAUGUCUAUCACUCUAUCCUUCGAGAAGGAGAACUUCCCGCGCUAGAAGAAGAGCGACUGUUCAUCGAUACGUCAACAAUUGAUCCUGCGUCAUCGAGAGAAAUCGCAAACGCAAUACAAACCACAUCCCAAGGGCGCUUUGUUGAUGCCCCUGUGUCGGGUGGCGUGGUGGGUGCGCGCGCUGGCACAUUAAGCUUCAUGUUCGGUGCAUCUUCGCAGACUGGUCAAUUCCUUGAUCGUGUGCGAUCAGUACUACUUAUGAUGGGAAAGAGGGCGUGGCACAUGGGCGCCCCGGGAGCCGGCGUUUCAGGCAAACUGGCGAACAAUUACAUCCUGGCGAUCAACAACAUUGCGACCGCGGAAGCAAUGAACCUCGGCAUGCGUUGGGGACUGGACCCAAAAGCUUUGGCGGAACUCGUCAAUUCGUCAACUGGCCGGUGUUGGCCUAUGGAAGUCAACAACCCUGUACCUGGCGUGGUCGAGACAGCACCGGCAUCUCGUGGUUACGAGGGCGGCUUCGGUGUGAGUCUGAUGAAUAAGGACCUUCGAUUGGCGAUUACUGCUGCGGAGGAGUCGCAAACACCAUUGGCGCUGGCGGACACUGCUCAGAAGGUGUAUAAUGCCGUUGAGGAGGAACACCGAGGGAAGGACUUUUCCGUGGUGUACAAAUGGCUGAAGGAGCACUCGCAAUGAUAUCUCGGCUGGUACAUGAGACCAUCGGCCUCCGAUAAAGUCUAGAAGAUUUACUUUUGUCAAGAAAAACGACGAUGUCUCUAAUGAGACUACUUGGUCCGUUAUUCUUCCUACUUGCCAAGCCUGUUCAUGAUCUGCAUUUCUAGUCUCUGUCAGCUAUUAUCUCAGUUAUUAUAUAUAUAGAUGACGCUUGCAGCACCAUUGUUAUAUUAAAUAUCCCCUAC